CGGAGGUAGCAUCCCCAGGGGUCCAGGUAGAGCUGCUUAAUUGGAACGAUGGCUCCUCAGCGGCGACUGACCGGAAGGGCUCCGGAGAGUGGCGGUGUAGGUGCGGCGGUUCGAGCGGAAGAGCGUCGUCAUUGCAGCAGUGAUGUGAAAGAUAAUAUUCAAAAAGAUUCACGCCGAAAAUGGUUAACAGCAGCUUUCCUUGUCUCAUCUGCCAUGCUGGGUUAUCUUUUGAGUAGAAGCUACUUGUUCAGUGAAGAUGGAGUUACAGAAGUAUUGGCUCAUCAUGGUGAAAGUAUCCCAGACAAAUUCAUUGAAGUACCCUGCUCAGAGGAUUAUGACAGCCAUAAACGGUUUGAAGGCUGUACCCCUCGGAAGUGUGGAAGAGGGAUAACAGAUGCCAUAAUUAACAGGGAAGAAGCUGAGCAAAUCCGUAGAAUAGCAGAGAGGGGACUGUCCCUGGGAGGAUCGGAUGGAGGGAUAUUUCAUUACCCAAACUAUGUAACAUCAUCACUGUUCAAGAUCAGACACCACCAAGGAACCCUCGAGUUAAGGAUUAUAAUGUUCACCUGCUAUGACAUAAGAAUAUAUAUUUUUCAGGCUUCAAUUCUAGAUUUGCACUCUGGAGCCCUUUCUUUGGGGAAGCAUUUUGUUAAUAUGUACAGAUAUUUUAAUGAUAAAAUCCAUGACAUCUUUACAGAUGAGGAUUUUCAGUUAUACCGUGAUGUGAGGCUCAGAAUUCAACAAAAAAUAGCUCUUGCUUUUGGCAUCAGCUCAUCCUCCAUGUAUUUGACGAAACCAACUUUCUUCUCUAGAAUAAAUAACUCAGAAGCAAAGACAACCCAUGAUGAAUAUUGGCAUCCUCAUAUUGACAAGGUGACCUAUGGUUCGUUUGAUUACACAUCACUGCUGUACCUAUCAGACUAUGCAGAAGACUUUGGUGGUGGACGGUUUGUUUUUAUGGAUGAAGGUGCAAAUAGGACUGUAGAACCUCGAGCAGGACGGGUUUCCUUUUUCACAUCUGGCUCAGAGAACCUCCAUCAUGUUGAAAAGGUCCACUGGGGCACUCGCUAUGCCAUCACCAUUUCCUUUACCUGCAAUCCGGACCAUGGUAUCAGGGAUCCUGUUUUAACAUGACAGGUGGUAGCCAGAUGGAUUGGCAAGAGAAACUCUGUGUGGGAGGGGAAAAGAAACUUUUAAAUUAACAUAUAAAUUCCACUGAAUUUUAUCUAAAGUAAAUUGUGUGUGUGUGUGUGUAAUUCCACUCAAUUUUAUCUAAAGUAAAUUGUGUGUGUGUGUGUAGGUUUUUGUUGUUUUUUUACUUCUAAGUGUUGCAAAAACAGUGCCUUAAGGCCCAUAUUUCUAAGUUACUUAUAACAUUGCUUUAUGAGAUAGCAAUUAAAAUGGUUUGGCUUUUCUUUUCCAACUCUUGGGUACUGCACGAUAGGCCUAGGAAAGCAGUACCAUUCCAUCAUUUAAUCUCUUCAAAUAAUCCUUUUUAUCAGUUCUUAAAAUUACAAUUUGUGAUGCCCUAUGAAAUAUGUUCAUAGACUCUGGAAUACAUUGCAAGGAAGGAGUAUCAUCAUGCCUUGUUCCAGACCCCAUAGAGCAGUGUUUCCCAAACUUGACAAUUUUAAGGCAUGAGGACUUCAACUCCCAGAAUUCCACAGCCAGCAACGCUGGCUGUGGAAUUCUGGGAGUUGAAGUCCUCAUGCCUUAAAAUUGUCAAGUUUGGGAAACACUGCCAUAGAGUUGUUUAUAUUUUGGAAAAUAGAAACCUGGAACACCUAUGAAGCAGUUGAUUUAUGACUUUAAUCAUUUGCAGUUGUACACAAGAGAUCCUACUCUUUUACACAAGAAUAUCAGGUUUUUCUUUUAAAUCUUUACUUCAAUAUAUUCUUCCUUGGAAGAAGCCACAAGCUUUGAUGAUUGGAUUAUCCCUGUAGAAACCAGUUGUAUAUGAUCUCAGCCAUGAUUUCUUAUAACCAACUAAGAGGAGGCUGCUCAGAAUAAAAUAAAACUACUAAAUAAUGUGUUCAAUAGUGGCUCAAUUUCUCUAUUUGCCUGGGGAAGAAGGCUCAUUAGCUUGUUUAAUUUUACAAUCAUGUUAUAAAUAUUCAAGUGAUUUGAAAAUCCAUUAAAGUUUGCCUUGGAAUAAA